UUUGUUUCAAUUUUCACGUUUUUCUGCUUUUCCAUCUUUAAUGUUUGACAAAUUUAUUGAUAAUCUCAAAUGGUCACAAUGAAUGGAUAGUUGUUUCAUCAUUGCCAUGUGAUACAUUCAAGUCAACUCCAAACCAUUUUAUCCAAACGAAAAGUGACAAUUUUCCAGUGAAAGAAAUCAUCGAAAUGUCCAGUUCUCUGGUUAAUAGUUCACAAGACGAUUCAAAUGAGCUUUCGUCCAUUUCAAUAUCUUCCCGUAAUCGACGCAAACAAGCUCAACCUCGUUCAUUCAAACAGGAUCUAUCCCAAGGAAUCACGGCCAAAGACACACUUGACAUUUACACAACCAUCGAUGAAAACAAUAUCGACCAAGAAUCCCGAAAAAAGGUUGACUUGAAAGACUAUGAAAGUGAAUCAGGAUUAAGUGAAUCAAGUUCAAUGGAAAGUCUAAAUUCGGAGGAAUUUGAAUCCAGUUGCAAUUCAGAUGAUAUUCAACUUGCAUGUUCAAUUGGUGAAUCAAGCCAUCAAUGUCAAUAUUGUGACAAAGCAUUUCCAAGAUUAUCAUAUCUUAAAAGGCAUGAACAGAAUCAUUCGGAAUUAAUGCCUUUUAUAUGCAAUUAUUGCCAGCGGACAUUUAAACAUAAACGAAGUCGAGAUCGCCAUGUUAAAAUUCACACAGGUGAUCGCCGUUAUAAAUGUAACCAUUGUGAUUCAGCUUUUGCUCGUAGUGAUCAUCUUAAAACUCACAUGAAAACACAUGAUGAUAUGAAACCUCACCGUUGUUAUCCUUGUAAUAGAGGAUUUUCAUCGUCUGCUGCUUUAACAUCACACAUUCAAACUCACAAACAGACGACUGUAAAAGUACAGUCAACUGAUAUGGUUGAGUAUAACAAUAGUGGUGAAAAUAAAAAACAUGAAGACAUUUCUACAAGUAAUUCAAUUGUUCAACCAGAUGAACGGUCGGAUAAUUUGGAUAGCAGUAAUUUGCAAAAUCGCCAUGUUAAUUUGAAUAAUGAUCAACAACAGCAACAAGUAACCUGUGGUUUAUGUGGAAACAAGUGUACCUCACUUGAUACUCAUAUAAGAGAAAGUCAUCUUCAUCAUCUUCUUUUUGCUGGUUUACUUCAAAACUCUUUCUAUGGUGCAUCCAUUGCUAAUUGGCAACAAUUAAUGCCAAGUCCAACUACACCGGGAUUAGUUGCUGCUGCAGCAGCUGCUGUUGCUGCAUCUUCUUCAUCUUCAUCGUCAACAUCAUCUUCAUCACCCACAACCAACACUUGCAACAAUCUCAAUCAAAAUCACCAGUUUAAUGAGAAUCUCAAGAAUGGACAAUAUUUAGUCCAACAAUCAAAAUCAAAAUCAUUCCCACCCAAAGCAAGUUCAUCUUCACCUAAUCACAAUUGUGAUUCAAAAGUAAAUAGUUCACCUUAUUGUUCAUCAAAUGAUUCAAAUAUCCCUUUCUUGUGUAAUCAAUGUUCACCUUCACCAUCAUUUCCCGAUUUCGAGUCAUUCCGUGUUCACCUAAAAUCACAUCUUCUCGCCUCAUCUUCAUCUUCAUCUUCAUCAUCCUUAUCAUCCUUAUCCCCUGGAUCUCUACCAACCAAUUUAGAUCUACUCAAUCCCAUUCUGGGUCCAUCCAUGAUUCAUGGUCAUCAUAAUUUACCUCGCCAUCAACAACGUUCUUGUCCAUAUUGUGAAACAAUUGUUACCUCUGACUUGGAGAACCACAUAAUCAGUUCACAUUUAGCUUCAACAGUAUCCUCAUUCACCUGUGAAUCUUGUAAAAAAGUAUUUACUAAAUCAGAUGAUCUAACGAAACACCUAAUGGACUAUCAUUCCCAUCAUCUGUAUCAAUGUUCAAUUUGUCGUGAAAUGUUUGAUACUGAUGUCACUUUACAAGUUCACUUUGCAGUUAAACAUUCAAACCAAUGUAAAGUAUUUAAAUGUUCAAUUUGUAAUGAACUUUGGCCAAAUGAAAAAGAUUUCAAAGUUCACCUUAAAGUCGCUCAUUUCUCAACCCCAAGUCUAGUCAACCACCACAACCUUGCUCAUCAACACCAACACCAACAUCAAACCACUAAUGGUGUUCAUCCAUACUCACCAAGUGCCUAUCGUCAUUUACCUUCAUCUUUGGUAACCUCAACGAGUAACUCAAACAAUGGCAAUAACACCAAUCCUCAUCACAAUUUAACAGUUAACAGUUUAACUGCAGCAGCGGCAGCAUUCCAACUAUUUGGUCCAAAAGCGUACUUCAAGUGUCAAUUUUGUUCAGAUGAAUUCCAUAUUGAAUAUCUAUUGGAGAAACACAUUGAAUUUGUUCAUGGAUCACAGAUAUCAUCGCAUUCAUUACCUUACAACCAAAUGAAAAGAUCAAGCCCUAAGAUAGUCUCACCUCGUCUAAACGAAUCUAAAAAGCGUAAAUCAGAUUCAACUAAUGGAAACGAUGACAUAAAUGUCGAUGACGAUGACAUUGACGACGAGAAAGAUGUUGAUGAAGAUAUUGUUGAUACAAGUAAUGAUCACAAGGAUAUUGAAACCAUCAAUGAUAAAGAAAGCUCAUCUUCCCCAACAAAACUGCGAAUCAUUGAAUCACCUAAACCUUCAACACCUUCAACAUCCGAAACCUUAACAGCAACAACAGUAACAUCAUCAUCAUCUCCACCAGUGACAGUUGCAUCUUCAUCAAUCCUUGCAAAAACUGGUAAGAGCCCAAUGAAAUGUGUUAAAGUAACUGGAAAUGGCAAAGGUCCAGCAACGAAAUGCAACAUUUGCGAUGAAAUUUGUGGCUCAAUAAGUGAUCUCGUUGAACAUAAAUUGAAACGUCACAAUGUUUUUGGUAAAUCAAGUUCUCCCCUGUCAAGGUGCCUUCAAUGCUUUGAGACAAUUAAAAGUGAAAACGAUUUCAUCAACCAUUUAAUUGACCAUUGCAACAACAAAUCAUCACCAGUCUCAUCUACAUCAUCAAAAUUGACUUAUAGUUCAAUUCAACCAUCCAAACCAUUGAAAACAAUGGAUGAUUUAAUACGAAAUGGUUUAACUAAAUUUCCAAUCUCAUGUAUUGUCUGUAAGCAAACAUUACUUCGUCCAUUAGAGGUAGCAAUUCAUGCUAAAUAUCAUUGCUCAUCGUCAUCAGUAUCAACAAUAACAUCAUCGGUUGCACCAUCAAAAGAAACGAUGAAACCAGCAAUUAAAGUGAAGUCACAGAUGAUUGGUAAACAAGAAGUCUUUGCAUCUAAAAACGAGCCAUUUGACGAGUUGAUCAAUUGUUCAUUGAAUAAUCACCUUGAAUCGCCAAAGAGUAAAGUUGAUGUUGAAAGAGAAGCAAAAAAUGAAUCAAUUGAAGAGGAACCAUUGUCUUUAAUCACAGUCAAUCAAGACGAUAAUGAUGAAAGGAGGACAAAAACAUCUUCACCUAACACACACCAAUGCAUUAAAUGCCAACAAUCCUUUCCAACCAAAUCAGAGAUUCAAUCUCAUAUAAUAGCUCACAUUAACCAGGAAAGUAACACGAUUAAGUGUCAAUUGUGUGGAGAUAAAAAGGAUUCUCCGGCUAAAUUACAGGUUCACCUGAUUAAACAUGAUUGUAAGGAUAAUCAAUUCGAUUGCUCCAUUUGUCUAAUUAACCAACAGAGUCCAGUUAAUUUACAGAUUCACAUGUUUUCACAGCACUUCAAUCAAAAGCAAUUCAAUUGUUCUCACUGUUCACAAAGAUUCUGGUUUGCCUCUGAGCUGGAAAACCAUGAAAUGGUCGAGCAUUGUAAUGAUAGUCAAACAAGUCCUGUCAGUCCAACAGGUGAUGAAGGUCAAAUUGAAAAACAGGAUCACAAUGAGAACGGAAUUAAAUUGAAUGAUAUUGAUUCAGGAAUUAGUCACCAAUCGGAUGGCAACUUCAUCACCUUCAAGCCAUAAGAAAAAUUCAAUAAAGGUUCAGUGUAAAAAAAUAAAGUUUGUAACUUGUAUGAAGUUUAACAUGUAAUUAAAAAUCAUUAAAAUAAAUUAUUCCAUAAUUUGAAUAUUGAGCAACAAAUAAAGACAAAAAUCCA